AUGGGUAGACUCGCAUGGAGCUGCUGUGCCGCGGCGCUGCUGGCCAUCAUUAGCUCAUGUCGGGCAGUCACUCUGGAGUCCAUCCAGUGGAGCAGCUCCAAUGCAAAAUUUAUUCCAGGUCAGGGUCUGGUCCUGUAUCCUCAGAUCGGGGACAAGAUGGAUAUCGUGUGUCCCCGGGCAGAUGCUUCCUCCGGGGGGAAAGAGGAGUUCUACCGAGUGUACCUUGUCUCCAGAAGUCAGAUAGAGAGCUGCACCAUCCACAAGACGGACACGCCCCUGCUGAACUGUGACAAACCUCACCAGGAUGUAAAGUUCACCUUCAAGUUUCAGGAGUUCAGCCCCAACCUGUGGGGCCUGGAGUUCCUGAAGGGGAAGGACUACUACAUCACCUCCACCUCUGCAGGGUCUCUGCAGGGACUGGAUAGCACUAAUGGAGGGGUGUGUAAAACCAAAUCCAUGAAGCUGGUGCUGAGGGUUGGCCAAAGCUCUUCAGAUCCACCUUCAACCCUCCAGGAGUCCCCCACCAGAUUUCCACCCACACGUCCAAAGUCCAAGAACCCCUCUGCAAAAGACAAGGAUAUAAAAAGCACAAAUGGACCAACAGACCCCAGCUCUGGGCCACCACUGCUAAUGUGGGUCAUUUUUGGAGGUGUUAUCCUCCUUCUCGUCAUCAUCAUUUUGGUGGUGGUGCUCUGGAGGCGCCGGAGCCGGCAGCGUGACCGCGUGCCAGACAGCCAUCAGUCUGCCUCCGUGUCCCUCAACACUUUGUCUGUGGCUAAGCGGGACAGCAUCAGCAGCGAGAACAACGGCUCGGACCCCAGCGACGUAGUCUUCCCUCUGCGGGCGUCUGAAAGCAUGAUCUGUCGGCAUUAUGAGCGUGUGAGCGGGGACUACGGCCCCCCUGUGUACAUAGUUCAGGAGAUCAUGCCCCAGACUCCCACCAACAUGUACUACAAGGUCUGAUGUUUGCUGAUCUAAUGCCAGACUCUGACUGAUGUUCCUAAACUGUCUGGGACACGAAGCAUUUCUAUUGCUUUAGAUUUCAAUUGUGUUGCACAGUAGGUGUGAAGAAAAGUCACAUGGGGAUCAUCCAUACAUCAGAUAGCAUUACUGCACUGCACAUACUUUUUCUUUUGUGAAGAGAGACAAUCAGAGUCAAAGUGUUGCGUCUUACACAUCAUCCAGCAAACGCCACAGGAUGUAACUUAAUAGCCCACUGUACAAUUUUGAGGUAAAAUUGUAGUCUUUACAGGGGGAAAUAUUGUGCUUUUCACCUUACUACAUACAGUAGAAAAUGGAAAAGUGGACACCUACAAACAAACAAGAUUUCUGGCUCUCACAGACCUGUAACUUCUUCUU